GGCUAGCGUCCCAUGGCAUCUCAUGUUGUUAAAGCCAAAGGUCGACUCUCAGGAAGAGCAUCCCUUGGAAAACUGUCAAAAGUGAUUGUGAAUGCUGAUGAAACAAACAGAAAGAAGUUUCAAACAUUGUUGGUGCGUCAAGUAUUCGCAACAUCUGUUUCCUGAAACUGACACUAGUCAACGCAUUUCGACCAAAGUCGCGCAAGGAACGAAUUUCCGGACCGCUCGACGUGUCGUUACAUUGAUCGCGUGCCGAACACGUGGUCGUCAUCUUCAUCGGCAUGGAACCCAAGAACCCGACGAUGUUGGAAUCCUCUGGCGAGGAUGCCAUGCUAAUCGAGACUGUGAAGAGUAUAGUGACGCAGCGGGAACGCAACGAGUCGGAAACCGAAGACGACUUCUUCCUGGUGUCGCAGGACCAGGACGAGCGAUACUCGGGGGAGAACGUCGACGAAAUGACAUCCCACAAGCACGAGACGAAGGAAAUCCUCGCGUGGGUUCACUUCUGCAGGACAUGCGCCAAUGCGUGCGAUAAUCUAAUACCCAUCUUCGAGGAUGAAGGAGUGGAACACGACUUGCCUAGUAAAAUACUCAAGUACUUGCCGAUACACAUAUCCAAAAGUGAUACAUUGCCAUUGAAACUGUGUCAUCACUGUGCUGGGACAUUGUUGGCCUGGCAUGAAUUAAGCGAGGGAUGUCUAAGUGCGGAGAAGAAACUACUGAAAAUGCAAGAAACGCUAGAAAAUAAACAACAGUAUUAUCCUGCAUCUUUGGAUAAUUUGGAGGUUUCCACAUUAGUUACAACAAUAACUCCGAGUACUGUAUCAAACACGACAAACUCGCAACCUGAUCAGCAAAUUGGUGUGAAAAAUCGAGAACAUGGCGUAGAAGAAAUUAAUAAAUCUAACAGAUGGACGUGUCAAGUAUCGAAUGAGGAGGCGAGAUAUGUUGGAGACAAUUCGCAAAGGAACUACGAAUUCAAUACGGAAAUAUUAUCGAUUAAUAUAGAUAAGGUUCAACCAACAAUAUCCAGCAAAAAAUAUCUGUCAUUGACUCAUCUUGACGAUCUCAAGAUUAAAAUAUUAGAAUCACAAAACGAUCAUUUGGCUGAUUCCUAUCUGGAUAACUCUGAAACAAGACAGAAACUUCAAGAGAAUCGCACACUGGAUUCUCGAGAUAAUAUGGGACAAUGCGAACAAAUAUCGGAACACAAAUAUGCGAAAUUAACUCGCUCGAAGAUCACAAAGAAUAAUUGUACUUCCUACAAGUGUAAAGAAUGCGGAAAAAUACUCUCCACCUCGUAUAAUUUGCUGAUCCACUGCAACAUUCACACAGGUGCGCGACCCUACAACUGUUCUAUCUGCGACAAGAGCUUUCGAUCGGCGUCCAACAUGAGGAGACACAUGCGUGAGGUCCAUGACGGUGUCAAGAAAUUUGUUUGUGAUGUAUGCGGCCGUUGUUUUGCCUCGAGGGCAUCGAGGGACGAGCAUAGACGCAUCCAUACCGGCGAGAGACCUCACACGUGCGAGAUCUGUGGCAAAUCCUUCAAACAGAAGGCGUCCCUGCACGUGCAUCGGCUUUAUCAUUCUCAAGUUUUACCGCAUCAUUGUGACCUGUGCGACCGCGGUUUCCGAAGAAAGCAAGAAUUAGACAAACAUGUGUCCUGGCAUUCCGAUCAAAAACCCUACAUCUGCACUAUUUGUAACGAGCGAUUCCGCAGCAAGAGUUGUGUCGUUCGUCAUCAACGUAUUCAUACCGAUCAAUGGUCACAUAAUUGUACGAUUUGCAGUGCUAGAUUCACUCAACAACGCUAUCUAAAGAAGCACUGCGAACGUUUUCACAAAAUCGUACAUACAUAAACAUAAACAGGAUUUAUUGUUUGUUUAUGGAUAUGUCCGGAUGACCGGAUAUAGAAGACUGUACAAAAUAAUUCUUAAACUCUUAUUGUUAUAGACUCUGUGUAGCUCGUACAUGCUGUAAUUCUAAUCAAAGUAAAAUUAAUCGGAUUCACAAAAUAAAUUAAUACGGUUGUAUCUUUUAACAACAUAAAUCUAUCCGCGAAUUCCUGACUAGAAAGAGUUAUAAACAUUCAAUUGAAUAAAAUCUUAAAUGAAGAAAGAAAGUGGAAAAGGAGACAGAAACGAAACUCUUAAAGGAAAAUCAAUACUUAGGUAUUAUACAAGUGUCUUUUAAAAAGAAAUUUUAUAAACUUUAUACAGAAAUAUCAAAAAAGAACCGCAAAGAUAUCAGUA